GGAUUUUCAGUGUUCCAGGACUGGGCGUUCUGCUGGUCUCCCUCUCCCCUCCCUUCCCCGAUUCCCCAGCGCCCUCCCUGCCCGCAGACCCAGGGGACUCUGAGAAUGGAGGGCAGCUCUUAUUCCCGGGAGGAAAAGACACCAGGUUCCCUGGGCUGCCUGCACUCAGUUCUCAGCCUCCUUCCUCAUCUGUCCAGCCACUGCCCGGGUCUGCAGCACGGGCACGAUUUGAAAUACCCCUCCUUCCCGCUUUGAAGGAGGCUGGGCUGGCCGGGGGUUAUUUUGGGAGCAGCUUCUGAGAUCCAAUGGCCUUGUUAGGGCAACACUGACCUUUCCAUCCCGGGAGGAGGGCAGGAUUGGAGAAGGGGGCGGGGCAGCGGCGGGGAGACCGACAGCCCCGCACACCCACUGGGGUGGAGAAGGGGGCCAGCGGGCUGUGGGAACCCAGCCUCAGGCGGGGGCUGUCACCGAGGGGAAUUUCCCCUCUUUGAAAAGGCUGGGGACCCCUCCAUCCCACGCUUUCACUGGGCUUCUUAAAGAGAUCACACCGUUUUCCCUUGGACUUCUUGGAAAGCAGACUUGGGACGCUUUGUGGGGACUUUGAACCGUUCCUUCCUGCUUUCUUCCCAGCAGGCAGCCUUGCUCUGGCUGGUGGAGUCGGGGCUCCUGGGCAUGGCACUGACUAGCCAACCCAGUGCUGACUUGGCGCCGGGGCUCUUUCAGCCUCUGCUGGCAUCCUGCUUCCCCCCUCCUGGGGCGCAGUGGUGAGUCUGGGGGCCUGCCCCCGAGGGCACUGGAGGAGUGUUGCAGGCAUCACCCACGCCCUCUGCACUCACCCUGGAGGACGGGGAGGUUGUCAGGGGCUAUGAUGAGAUGAGCGGGGGCCGCUUUGACUUUGAUGACGGUGGGGCGUACUGCGGGGGCUGGGAGGGUGGAAAGGCCCAUGGGCACGGACUGUGCACAGGCCCCAAGGGCCAGGGCGAAUACUCUGGCUCCUGGAACUUUGGCUUUGAGGUGGCAGGUGUCUAUACCUGGCCCAGCGGAAAUACCUUUGAGGGAUACUGGAGCCAGGGCAAACGGCAUGGGCUGGGCAUAGAGACCAAGGGGCGCUGGCUCUACAAGGGCGAGUGGACACAUGGCUUCAAGGGACGCUACGGAAUCCGGCAGAGCUCAAGCAGCGGUGCCAAGUAUGAGGGCACCUGGAACAAUGGCCUGCAAGACGGCUAUGGCACCGAGACCUAUGCUGAUGGAGGGACGUACCAAGGCCAGUUCACCAAUGGCAUGCGCCACGGCUACGGAGUGCGCCAGAGCGUGCCCUACGGGAUGGCCGUGGUGGUGCGCUCGCCGCUGCGCACGUCGCUGUCGUCCCUGCGCAGCGAGCACAGCAACGGGACGGUGGCCCCGGACUCGCCCGCCUCGCCGGCCUCCGACGGCCCGGCGCUACCCUCGCCCGCGAUCCCGCGUGGCGGCUUCGCGCUCAGCCUCCUGGCCAAUGCCGAGACGGCUGCGCGGGCGCCCAAGGGCGGCGGCCUCUUCCAGCGGGGCGCGCUGCUGGGCAAGCUGCGGCGCGCAGAGUCGCGCACGUCCCUGGGCAGCCAGCGCAGCCGUGUCAGCUUCCUUAAGAGCGACCUCAGCUCGGGCGCCAGCGACGCCGCGUCCACCGCUAGCCUGGGAGAGGCCGCGGAGGGCGCCGACGAGGCCGCACCCUUCGAGGCCGACAUCGACGCCACCACCACCGAAACCUACAUGGGCGAGUGGAAGAACGACAAGCGCUCGGGCUUCGGCGUGAGCGAACGCUCCAGCGGCCUCCGCUACGAGGGCGAGUGGCUAGACAACCUGCGCCACGGCUAUGGCUGCACCACGCUGCCCGACGGCCACCGCGAGGAGGGCAAGUACCGCCACAACGUGCUGGUCAAGGGCACCAAGCGCCGCAUGCUGCAGCUCAAGAGCAAUAAGGUCCGCCAGAAAGUGGAGCACAGUGUGGAGGGCGCCCAGCGCGCCGCUGCCAUCGCGCGCCAGAAGGCCGAGAUUGCCGCCUCUAGGACAAGCCACGCCAAGGCCAAAGCUGAGGCAGCGGAACAGGCCGCCCUGGCUGCCAACCAGGAGUCCAACAUUGCUCGCACUUUGGCCAGGGAGCUGGCUCCGGACUUCUACCAGCCAGGUCCAGAAUAUCAGAAGCGCCGGCUGCUGCAGGAGAUCCUGGAGAACUCGGAGAGCCUGCUGGAGCCCCCCGACCGGGGCGCCAGCGCAGCGGGCCUCCCAGAGCCGCCCCGCGAGAGUCCUCAGCUGCACGAGCGUGAGACCCCUCGACCGGAGGGUGGCCCCCCGUCACCUGCCGGGACGCCCCCGCAGCCCAAGCGGCCCCGGCCCGGGGCAUCCAAGGACGGCCUGCUGAGUCCGGGCGCCUGGAACGGCGAGCCCAGCGGCGAGGGCAGCCGGCCAGUCACUCCUUCCGAGGCCGCGGGCCGCCGCAGCCCCGGGCGUCCAGCCACCGAGCGUAUGGCCAUCGAGGCUCUGCAGGCGCCGCCUGCGCAGUCGCGGGAGCCGGAGGUGGCGCUUUACCAGGGCUACCACAGCUAUGCUGUGCGCACCGUGCCGCCCGAGCCUCCGCCCUUCGAGGACCAGCCCGAGCCCGAGGUCUCCGGGUCCGAGUCCACGCCCUCGUCGCCGGCCACCGCCCCACUGCAGGCCCCCACGCUCCGAGGCCCCGAGCCUGCACGCGAGACCCCCGCCAAGCUGGAGCCCAAGCCCAUCAACCCCAAAGCCGAGCCCAGGGCCAAGGCCCGUAAGACUGAGGCCCGAGGGCUGACCAAGGCCGGGGCCAAGAAGAAGGCACGGAAGGAGGCAGCGCUGGCGGCAGAGGCGGAGGUGGAGGUGGAAGAGGUCCCCAACACCAUCCUCAUCUGCAUGGUGAUCCUGCUGAACAUCGGCCUGGCCAUCCUCUUCGUUCACCUCCUGACCUGACCCUCGCCUACCAGAGCCAGAAGUUCCUGCUGAGGACGUGAGGACCGUCUUUUUGCAGUGCCAGGCAGGGUGGCCAAAGAGGACUGGACUCUGGACCCGGAGCCCCGCGGUCCAGUUCACAUUCACCCCACAGGAGUUUCAGGAGGCCUCCCGUGGUGCCUGUGCUGGGUGGCGGUGGUGGUGCCAAGAGGAAUGGAACGUCCUGGGCUCCUUCAGGAGCUCUCUGCCCAGGGGCAAGGAGAGCCCGGAGAGAAGCACCCUGAUCUCUUGAGCUUCCUGAUCUGCUCCUGUCCCCUGCCUUCCUCCACUCCUUUGCCUUUCCCUAGGUUGUCCCCUCCCUGGGCUUUUGUGUGUUUUGGGAAAUGUCACCUAACCAGGACGUUAAUAUUCAAUCCCAUCCCCAUUCCUUCCACCCUGCCCCACUUUGAUUUAAUCUUUUGGCUGUGAGCUGAGGCCUCCCAGGGAAGCUGGGUGGGGUGGGUGCUGAGACCCCCCUCAGACCAGUGCAGAGGCCUGUCCUUGUGCAGUCUGCACCCCGCACCGUCUCCCUUGCCUGUAGAUGUUCUGGGUGACAGUAGAGGAAAUGGACGAGGUCAGUUUGAAUAUCCCAGAACACAGUGCUCUGUCUCCUCCCACCAGUCCAGUUAGCUUCCCUUCUUGACCAAUAGACGAGGGGAGACCCCAUGGAGCCUCUGGCUGGGAAGCCGCUGGCCAGGUGGCCACGGGGCGGGGGUGGGAAGAGGGGUUAAGGUGCAGUGAUGACGGCCUGCUUUGGAGUGUGUCUGAGACUGGGAUUGCAUUUGGGGUUUCCCGUGUGCUGGGGAUGCUAGAGGGUCACCUGCAGGAGGCCUGGGACGGGUGAGAGAAAUCUUCUGUGAUGCCCUGUGAAAUGGCUUGUCUCCUCCCCCAUCAGGGCCCACUGAAAGCUCAGGGGAGCACAGAAGCCCAUGGAAGCCCAGGGAGAUGUCCCUGGGGCAGACACUCAGGCAGGUGUUGAAGACACGCUGCUUGUCAAGAAGCAUUUCCCGGCAGGAGAAGAGCAAGUCUGGGGCCUCAGCUGGGUGCAGCCUGGGUGCAGUUAUAAGCCCGUUUGGCUUACUUGGCAGAAGACGGCUACUUGGAUGUACCUCACUUAAAGAUGUUUUGUACCACACUAGGUCCCUGGGCCCUUGGGUUUCCUGGGGAUGGGGUGAGGGCCAAAGGCCAUGGUUUCUUGCCUCCAAGAGGACGGAGGGAAAGAACUUCCAGGCCCCUCCAAGCCUGGGGAAGGAUGUGGCCUCCAAGCUGAGCCAGAGGGAACUGCUGCUGUCCUCCCUUCAUUUCUGUGGACCUUGGGGGCUUUGGCUUUGUGGCAGGGCCUCCCCAGGCAGCUCUGGGACCUAGGAGUUUGCUUCUGAUGGGGUCAGCUUCCCCAUUUCCCCCUCAGUGCUUGGGAACCUUCUCCCUUAGCUUCACACUUGCUGUUUCAAGCCCUGCUGGGACCUUGUGACUUGGCUGGAAUCUGGGACUGCAUUUUCAUGGAGGAGAACCUGCAGAUUCUUCCAUCCUCAGCUGGCCGUGGCCCACAGCUCUGUAUCUGCGUCUGAGCUUCUCAAGACUCCUGGAGCAUGAGGGGAAUGGGGCAGGGCCACUGCUCAGUGCUGACGGGCUCCAGGCUCCGUCUCAGAGAUUCUUGUCCUGGUUUUUGUUGGCUGGUGCUGGAGACAAGCCUGUGCCUGCCAAAGCUCCCAGGCCUAGUUUGGGCGCUGGUGUUUGGGGUUGGGGUUCAGGAUGCUGCAGUCUGUGCAAUAAUAAAUCUGCAUCUGCUCACGGGCUCUGGCUGGGCCGCAACGUGCUUGUGGGUCCAGGAUGAGGGGCUGGCUCGAGGGUGGGUGGAAAGAGGCUGGGAGAUGGGGGUCCUGGCCAUCUGUGUCCUCGUUCUCACGAUACCUGAGGGGCAGCUGAAGGGCUUCAGUUUGAAUGGGGGCUCAAAGGCCACAGAGCUUCUACAGUGGAGUUUCUGAAGCAAACUUCCAGAAACUUCUAUGAGUAGCUGACAAUAGAAUCAAGAGCCCGCCCUUUGAGGUGGAGUCCCCCCAGGCUCCAAUGCUAGCCCGGCCACUUUCUUCACUUCUCUGAGCCCCUGUUUUCUUAUCUAUAAAAUGGGGAUAAUAACAGUGCCUACGUUCUGGCAGUGGGGAUUGCAUUCGAUGUUGAGGCUGUAGAAAGCAGUGGAGAAAUGGGAGACGAGCGUUGUUAUCACACUACGGUGCUGUUAGCUCUGCUACAAGCCCUCUUGCAUUUUGAUAGAGGAUCCCAGGGACCCCAAAGGGGUGGAGGUGAUUCAGGUACUAGUUGUUUAGUCAGAAUAUCUCAAUCAGUGGGGGACCCUGAUGUGAUCUCCACACUCCACAGAGGCUUAGAGCAGAGGGACUUGCCCAAGGUCAUGCACACAGCAAGUUGGUGGCAGGAAAGCAGUUCUCUUGACUUUUUAGGAAUAAGCACUGCCCAUGAAGUUGCUCUCAAAGUUGGUGGUUCCCAGCGAGGGGGUUGGAGAAGAGGGUCCCUCGACCAACAGUAGGCUUGAGUUCAGGCACACCCUGUCCUCAGGAGCCUGGCUCCCCCACCCAACCCAGCCCUAUCACUGAUGGGCCGUGUGCUCCCUAACUCCCUCUUUCUGUGCCUCAAUUUCCUCUUCUGCUGAGGAGACUGCAAUCCCUGCCCUGUGAUCUUCUUCAUAGGCUAUGCAGUUGUGAGGCUCAAAUGAGAUAGAUUAUAGUGAAAAAGAGGUUUUAGGCUGGGCACGGUGGCUCACACCUGUAAUCCCAGCAUGUUAGAGGAGGCUGAGGCAGGUGGAUCACUUGAGGUCAGGAGUUUGAGACCAGCCUGGCCAACAUGGCAAAACCCCAUCUCUGCUAAAAAAGAAAAUAUAAAAAUUAGCCAAGUGUGGUGGCACAUGCCUGUAAACCCAGCUAGUUGGGAGACUGAGGCAGGAGAAGCACUUGAACCCAGGAGGCGGAGGUUGCAGUGAGCCGAGAUCAAGCCACUGCACUCCAGCCUGGGUGACAGAGCAAGACUCCAUCUGGAGAAAAAAAAGUUUUCAAAACUCUGGAAUGAUGCUGGGAUUCCAGGAAGGAUGGACUUGGAGGAACCACAGGAGGGGAGGUGGGAGUGGGAAUGAGGAGAGAAUUGUUUUAAUCUGUAGCCUUUAAUAAAAAUCCACAAAGGGAAAGCAGGUGGGUAGCCAGCCCAGUUGGCCGGUCUGCAGACACUGUGUGUGUGUGUUUGUGUGUGUUGGAUGAGUUGGGGGCGGGGGUGCCUGUAUUAAACUCACUUUGGAUGGGUUUGCAAAGGAGGCGGCUUCCGGAGCCCCAGGAUUGGAGACUCAGAGCCAGGUAGGGUUGGUCGAAGACAGCACCCCCCAUUGGCUCAGGGGUAGGACACAGUCAGGCUGAUGCCUCCUCUUCCAGUCUUGACCACAGGCAGCUCUAGGAAGUCUGAUGGGUCUCCUGCCAUGCCUGGAAUGCAUUUAAGGUGUUUUGUACCAUGCGUGAACUUAAGAGCAUUGCUGGUCCACUGCCUUGAGGUCUCUGCAGGACUCUUCCAGGGCAGUGUAAGGGAGGGGACCUAGGAACCAUGGGGGUCAGAUUUGGGAUUCGGGCAAGAAGGGAAGUUUCAUAAUCUGAUGGACCCACAGAAGACCCGGCUGUUCUGGAAGAGAUGCAGGCCCAGAUGAUGACCUUUGGAGGUGCCACGCCUGAAAAAGUGAUACAAAGAUGCUCUCCCCCAUAUAAGAAACUAAAAAUACAAAUAAUACCUAAACUGUAAAACAUGAAACUUGCAUGUAUGCUGAAACUAAAAUAGCUCUUAGGUU